CGCCUUUCCUCGUGCCUCCGGGCCUGUUCCCCGAGGGCUAUGCAGGCCUGCGAACAAUUAUCAAAGGAGUUAGAUUGUUCCUCAGGAAAAAAUAAGACUACACUGACAAGAUAAGGAAAAAGGAAGCGGAUACUUAUAGUGAGCGAGGAGCGGAGGAUCCUGUUCUCGAGGGCAUCGUCAUCGUAGGUCUCGAAGACUUCCCUGUCCAUCUUCGAGGUGAUGCCCCGCAGGAAGGCCUUCGGCUCGGCAGUGCCGUGCAUCAACGAAGCGCCGGGGGCAAAGGAGAGCUGACGGAUCUCCCGGGGUAAUUCCUCCCGGGGGGAUUCACCGGAUCCUUCGGAGAGACCGAGGCUAGAGGCCCAUCAACAGCGGGCAUGUCAUCAAUAAUUACGAGGGGGGCCGCCCCCCCGACAGCACCCACGGCGCCUUUCUGUUUCUUGGUGGGGGGCUCCACCCCCUUGUCGCCCCUCUUCUUCUUGGCGGCCGCCUCGGCCUUCGACCCCCCGGUCCCCACAGCAGCAUGGGAGUCCCCGGCGGAAGGUUCUAUGACCUUCGGGAAAAGCGCGUCGACUGGCUUCUGGCCCGAGGGCCCCUUCUCCUUGGACUGGGUCUUGCCCUUCCUCUUUGCGAAAAGAGCGUUGGCAUUCAUCCUGCUACCUGCAAAGAAACAACAAGUUAAAAUGUUAGCACCGAGGGGUUCGAGACACGACAACAAACAUGACAGAAAAUCUCAAAGUACAAAAAUGUAAAGCCCCCGGCCACUACCUCCUGCCCCCACGAAGGCUUUAUCAUAGAGGGGAUACUUCUCCUCGGUCUCCCCGAUGAACCGAUACCUCAGGAAUCCGAGGGCAUACAGGUCUUUCUCGAGGGUGCACUCCUUGAUGGUUAUGUUCUUAUCCCGCCCCUCCGGAAUCUCGGCAAUCUUCAGGCCAUCCUUCUCGAGGGCGGCGCUCUUGACCUUCACAUGACGCCGGAAGCAAUUCCGCAACUCCCUCGGGAAAGGGCUGUCGGCCAGUCUGAUGUAGCACCAUCGCUCUCUCCACCCCUUGUUGGAAGAAGGGGCCUCGGUGAACAAUUUGAACUGGGCUAUCUGCUGUAAGUUCGCAUAGCCCUCGGCAUUGGUAUGCCCCCCCCCGGCAUAGGUUGAAGCUUUGGAAGAAUAGCUCCAAGCUCGGUGUAACCCCCCGGAGUUUGCACAGGUUCACGAACCCAGUUAUGUACGAGUGGCUAUUGGGGGUCAGUUGGCAGGGAACCAGGCCGGUGUACCUCAAGUACUCCCGGAGGAACGGAUGGAGAGGGAACCGGAGGCCCAUCGAGACCGAGAGCACGUGCACGGCUAUACAUCCCUCGGGGGGCCGCGACAGCACAUCAUCAGGACCCGACUCGACUACUACGGCAGAGGGCCCUACGUGCAACUGGGUGAUGUAGAUAUCCGCCCUGUCAGCUUGGGACUUUAUCUCCAGAGCGGCGGUGUCCAGGAAGGAGUAACCCUCCGGCAGAUCUACUGGCCCCCCUUGAUCGACGGCCCUUACUUUCUUCUGGGGGCCAGCCUUCGUCUUCCUCUUCUUCUUCCCGGGGGCCACCCGGAUGGGAACUGCAUUCAGCGGCUGGGAGGUACUGGCCUCACCAGCACCCCGAGGGGGAAGGACGGCCACAGUGACCUUCGCCCUCUCCUUUUCUUCUUCCUCCUCAGCAACCUGGACGGCGAGGGCUAACUCCUCAUCUUCCGCGGUCCGCUCGAAUUCCUCCGCCUCGGCCUCGGCCGUCAGAUCCUUCUGCACCUCAGUGGCGAGGGCUACGUCACCACCAUCCGAGGGCUGACUGCUGCUGGACUCCACGUCGGAGAUGCCUUCGUCCUCCAUCGAGGGCGUCCUCGAGAUGUCCUGAGAGUCACUCUGGGACGACAUUCUACACUCUAGCUCGAGGGUUCGGGGGAACUAAGGUUCCUAGUGAAUUCUAUCUCCUAAACUAAGGGCACAGUACAGCUAUGCUAUAAGGAGAAAGGCAGGGAGCACUGACCUCGAGAGCUGAGUUUUGACCGAAGGCUGAACUUUCUCUCUCUAGAAAAAUUGACAGAGCUUCGCUAACAAGUUUAUCGCACACGGAGGAAUGCCUGGCCUUGGGGUAUUUAUAGGCGAUGAAUCCGGGCUUGGGCCUGGAUUCCAGGCCUCCGGAUGGACGCCAUCAUUACACACCGCCGUUUCACCCAACCGGUGACGCCGCCCACGGACAACCAGCCUUCACACGCCACGUGUGCCACCCCCCCCCCCCCAACGGCUAUAUCCUGUCGUUACAUAUUCCAACGGCUAUAUUUUCAACGGCUAUAUUUUGGGAACCCCCGGGUUUUCUACUUCACUCCACUUCAUCAAGGAUAGCCUCCGGGUGCACUCACCCAGAAGUACCCCCGGGUUGUGCCCCACAGCGCACAUUACACACGCCUUCGGGAUCACUCCUUCAGAUCCCUAGGGCUGCAUAUCAGGGUACCCCUCGGGUAUUCCCCUCAGCACCGCAAAACCGGGUAGCCCCCGGGGAGUGCCUCAUUGACGGAUGGCCCAUGGCCCUCGGGUAUCUUAAUCACCACUCCAUCAACAUACAGUGGACCCCCCGGUAACAGCUUCACUGCUGCCCUCAUCUGGCAGGCCCUCGAUCCCUGGAUUGAGGGGCUCCCCUUCGGCGCCACCAGGACAUCAACAGCCAGCCUUCGGCUAAUCAACACAGGAGCCCUCAGAAGAGAGAGCCUUCGGGAUUCCCGUCAUUCUCCAUUUUUUACCAAGGUUGGACAUUUUCGAUUCAUCAUUGGGGGAAUUCGGUGCACUCUUUUUCCCUCAUUAGGAUUUUUUCCCAAAGGGUUUUUCCUAAUGAGGUUUUUAACGAGGCAUCCCCCCAAAAAUCAAACGAAAAGCGUCAGCCUUCGGCCCACAACAGCAACGUAACUACUUUACUCCUUUUCACCACUUUACAAGUGCCUCAAGGAGUGGGGGACUGGAGGACCCCUUCGGGAAAAUCAUUAAAUUACAAAAUCUGUGAAAUUCCAACAAACAACAAAGCAAGCCCUCAAGUCCCGACAUGUGGGUAACUGAGGGACCGCCUUCGGCAGGGACAUAAAGGCAACAACUCCUCACCAACUUCAGAGAUCACAACGGGACAACAUCAAAGGGCAAGCACAAAUUACUCCUUUUCCCUCAAGUACCUUUCGGCAAAAGGAGUGAGGGACUCCUGAUGGAGUAUAUGGCCCGGGAACUCCCGGCCCACAGACUCCUACUACUCCAGCAAAGGCCCAACAGGCCCAAAAGGCCCAACAGGCCCAAUUCACAGCGCCCGGAGUACCAAGCAGUCCGCACAACGCACAGGGGUGCCUUCGGCCCCCUGGCCGAAGGCUCCAAAUCCUCACAGAACGGGUUUCUCAAGCAAACUAAGAAACUGGGAGAAAACGGCGAAAACAGCAGCCCUCGGCACUGUGAGCCCUCGGCACCAGGGGUUCCAUCGGGAGGAAGAGCCCUCGGCUACUGCUCUAUAGCCGAAGGCAUCUCACUCGACAAGAUAUCCGCCUCACAUGCGUACAGAUCACCGUAUUCUGCACAGACGUCCCAUCCAACAGCCGCAUUAAAUGCGGCCACAUGCGGCUGCCAGCGCCAACCAGUUGAGGUGACCCCUCGGCCAAUGAGCGCUUGACACGUGUCCCUGCCCGGCAUUUAUUGCUGCUAUAAAUAGCACCCCAUUUCCUCAUUUGUAACCACGCUGAAAAGUGAUAACACGCUUAAUACAUAUCGAAUAUACACUCUCUCUCUCUUACUUAUUUGCUCUGACUUCUCUCUAGUUAUUCUCCGCAAUAACCCUUCGGAUAUAUACCCCCGGGUAGACUAUCCAUCAAUGAUGAGGGCGUGAAAGAAAUUGCUGAGAAAGUUGUAUGUAUCAUACACUUAAGCUUUUAUUCGAAAAAUAUAUUUGGAUUAAUUAUUAGCUACUUAAAUUUCUUUUUUAAUAAAUGUAUUUAUGGUUGACUAUGCUCUAUUUAUGAGUGAAAAUUUUCUGAAGAUUUUUUAGUUGAUUCACUUUAUAGAUGUUAUAUUGUAGUUAAAGUUGUAUUUUACUUUAACUACGAUAGUUUUUUUUAUAGAAAGAGCUGAAGAAGAUGGUUGAAGAUGGGUUAUUUGUUCCAAAUGGUUGUAAUGACAUACUCACGGCUGCCCUGGAUAAAAGGCCAAAUGGAAGUAGAGUACAAGGAUUAGGUCGCUCCAUCACUACAUCUAAGUACUUUAACACACCUAUGGGUAAAGCUGCAGAGCAUGAAGAAGCGGAGAAAAUUUGUGCUAGAAGAUAUGCGAUGAUGGUUCAACGAUUCGAUGAAUUGAAAGAAUAAAUCACUGCCCUUGUUGGUGUUAGUGAUAUUGGGAGUUGUAGUGUUGGCACCAAGCCUCCAAGUAGGGGAAAUGGAAAACAAAAGGUGUUGUACUACUCAUUUAUAUAAAUUACAGGUCUGUCAUACAUUAUAAGUUGCAUAAGUUAUAUUGAUGGUAUAUGUUUUGCGGGUUGCUGAGGAGAUUGAGAAGACAUAUAGUACCCCCAAUAAAAACUGUGAGGCUUCUAUUUCUAGAAGGUCUCAACCUAAGCCACCAAUCGAUGAUGAUGAAGAACGUCCAAAGAGAAGAAAUGGGAAAAGAAAGGUGGCAGAACUUGGAGAUAGGUCCGCAGGGGGAGAUUUGGCAGGACAGCCUAGGGUAGAAACUGAAGAGGAAGAAGAACAAUGUCUAAAAGUUGUGAAGGUUGAAAUGCAAAGUCCAAAAAUGAGUGGACAAGGUAAAUACCUCCCAAGGAGAUCCCCCCGCCAUCUCUCACAGAAGAUAGAACCAGCAGGCUAUGAUGCACCAGUACAGGAUAAGGGGUUAGAAUUGAAGAAGGGUGGUGUACAGAUUGUAGAAGUACGCAGCAGGCCUGAAAUGAAGAAGAAGGUUGCACCUGCUAGAAAACUGAAUAUGUAGCGAACCACGAGGUCAUUGGCAGAUAAAAAAAGAAAAAAAGUGUUAACAUGAAGAUGUUCGCCUUCCUAGUUGACAAAUGCAUGGAGGACGGGUAUAUGAUCCAGAAUAAUGCAGACGUGUUUGGGUUCCCUACCAAAACUACCUUUAACAAGGACAUGUGCUACUUAGUCAUCAAUUGUGAGAAGGUUUCGAACUCAAUUAUAGAACUUUGGUGCAAGUCCCUUCAUGAAAAAAUGGUGGACAAUGGGGGAGCAAUGUCUGUCCAGUUCGGGACAUCUGUUGCAAUACACCGUCCUAAAAAAGCAUCUGAGGAGUCAGUGAAUAGAAGAUCCCAAUAUGUGGCAGACCUUCUCGGUGUCGGGUUGCCUGGACAAAUUACACUACUACCGUAUAAUGCAGGUGACCACUGGGUGUUGGUUGCUAUUGAUGUGGAGAUGGGAAGGAUUUAUUACAAGGAUUCCAUUGGAGAAAUUCCACCAGAAGAUGUGAAGAUAAUUGUGACUCAAGGAGUGCAAAUGUGUCAUGCUUUAAAGUCAAAAGAUAGGUUGAAAUUGAAUUGGAUCACAUGCAAGUUCUCCACAGUCACUGAGUACUUUGAAGAUGAUAUUCUGCAAAUACGCGAGGAAUGGGUCUCAUAUGCAGCAAACCUACUGAAUGAGCUGAAGUGAUGAACGUGAUGAACUGUGCUAGAUGGAUUUUUGUGAAGCUCGUAGCAUUAUGGCUGUUUAAACAGUACAAAUGGUUGGAAGAACAUAAGAUUUUGAUGAUUGUGAUGUACUUUAUGUUUUUCCAGAACAUAUGUAAUGACUACUUUAUGUUUGCAGCCCUAUAUAGCUAGACUAGAAUUCAAGAAUAUUGGUAUUUUGGAUUUUGCUGUGUUUUCAAAAACAAGCUAGGUUAACUUAACUUUGAAUUUUAAUGUUGAAUUGACUUUGAUUUGAAUCUAAAUGACAGUUAUGGGAUACUUUGAAUGAUUA